CUCGGCAGCCCCGCUAGACUGCUCCAACUUGGUGUCUUUCCCCAAAUAUGGAGCCUGUGUGGAGUCACUGGGGGAGCCGGGGGUGGGGAGGGGAGCCGGCUUCCUCCAGCAGGGAGGGGGCCGAGGAGCAAGCCAGCGGGGGAGGCUGACAUCACCACAGCGGCAGCCCUUUAAACCCCUCACCCAGCCAGCGCCCCAUCCUGUCUGUCCAAGCCCAGACACAAGUCUUCACUCCUUCCUGCGAGCCCUGAGGAAGCCCUCUCUCCCCAAACAUGGCCAACAAGGGUCCUUCCUAUGGCAUGAGCCGCGAAGUGCAGUCCAAAAUCGAGAAGAAGUACGACGAGGAGCUGGAGGAGCGGCUGGUGGAGUGGAUCAUAGUGCAGUGUGGCCCUGAUGUGGGCCGCCCAGACCGUGGGCGCUUGGGCUUCCAGGUCUGGCUGAAGAAUGGCGUGAUUCUAAGCAAGCUGGUGAACAGCCUGUACCCCGAUGGCUCCAAGCCGGUGAAGGUGCCUGAGAACCCGCCCUCCAUGGUCUUCAAGCAGAUGGAGCAGGUGGCUCAGUUCCUGAAGGCGGCUGAGGACUAUGGGGUCAUCAAGACUGACAUGUUCCAGACUGUUGAUCUCUUUGAAGGCAAAGACAUGGCAGCAGUGCAGAGGACCCUGAUGGCUUUGGGCAGCUUGGCAGUCACCAAGAAUGAUGGGCACUACCGUGGAGAUCCCAACUGGUUUAUGAAGAAAGCGCAGGAGCAUAAGAGGGAAUUCACAGAGAGCCAGCUGCAGGAGGGAAAGCAUGUCAUUGGCCUUCAGAUGGGCACCAACAGAGGGGCCUCCCAGGCCGGCAUGACAGGCUACGGACGACCUCGGCAGAUCAUCAGUUAGAGGGGAGAGGGCCAGCCCUGAGCCCUGCCCUCCCCAGCUCCCUGGCUACAGCCAUCCCGCUUAGCCUGCCUCACCCACACCUGUGUGGUACCUUCAGCCCUGGCCAAGCUUUGAGGCUCUGUCACUGAGCAACGGUAACUGCACAUGGGCAGCUCCUCCCUGUGCCCCCAGCCUUAGCCCAACUUCUUAUCUGAAAGCAUCACUGCCUUGGCCCCUCCCUCCGGGCUGCCCCCACCACCUCUACUGUCUCCUCCCUGGGCUAAGCAGGGGAGAAGAGGGCUGGGGGUAGCCUGGAUGUGGGCUAAGUCCACUGUCCUCCUUGGCGGCAAAAGCCCAUUGAAGAAGAACCAGCCCAGCCUGCCCCCUAUCUUUUCCUGGAAUAUUUUUGGGGUUGGAACUCAAAAAAAAAAAAAAAAAAAAAAAAAAUACAUCAAUCUUUUCUCAGGCCUGGCUGGCAGA